AUGGCCCCAACUAAGCCAACCAAGUCCUCCCCAACCGGCAAGGCCAAGUCGAGCGCAAAUGAGCGGAGCUGGACCUCGGCCUCGAACACAGUCACCGCCCGGCCAAAGCCACGCCCACGCCUGGUCAUCAACACUGCACUUGCCCAGACGUGGUCUGUCGACGACACGCCGCCCGCGCCGACACAGACACAUAUGCCGAUCAACAUCAACCUCCCUCGAGUCAACAAUGUGGCCACUGGUGCGCAACGCGCCGCGCCCACAUCUCCCGCGCCUCCGGGCACGCCGACCGCUGCAUUGGCGGCCCUCCGCCUACGUGAGGAGCCGACCAAGUAG